AUGAGUUCUCAAGCCACAAAUCCUCCUCCUCCUCCUCCUCAUGUAAUCGAAGAAAAGACUGGUGAUGGUGUCUAUGUAACUAAAAAUCGAUCUCUCUUUUCCAUGUGGUUACAUGGUAAAACACUUCCGCCUCGUGCUGCUACUGCUGCUGUGGUCUUUCGUUCGGCAGAUGUGAUUCAAGAAGGUUAUUUACUUAAACAGGGUCUUCGAUUUAAACUCUGGAGUCGACGGUAUUUUAUCCUACGAUUAGAAGAACGACACAUGACUUUAGGCUAUUAUACCAAUAAGGAUUCGUUAAUAUUAUGUGCAGAAACACCAAUUGGACCUGGACAUUUCUUAGGACAAGUCAAUACGCUGAAAUAUCCCUAUCGUCUGGAAUUAAAAUGUGGGACAAAAGUCAUGAUCCUAGAAGCUGAGGAUCAAAGGACGUAUCAAGCAUGGAAAAAUGCACUUCAAGAAGCCAUUCGAUGGAAUCAUGCGAUGGUACCAAGUAAAGAUGGUAGUGGUUGUUUUAUUACCUAUGGGAAACAAGCAUCGGAAGAUCAGAAACAAGAAGAACAAAGUCGUGCUGAAGCGGCCAAGAAAUUGCGUGAAAAACAACGCGCGGAUGAAAUUGCAACGGCUGCAAUGAAUGCAACGAAUAAACCCAAGUAUCUACCAGCCACACGACCGGGGAUUCAAUGUUUUAUGACAUCAAAUACGAAAUUUGAAAUUCCAGCGUAUUUUGAAUACGUGAAAACCAUUGGAUCUGGUGCCUAUGGUGUCGUGAUUUCGGCGGCAAAUUCAAGAACUGGCAAAACCGUUGCUGUCAAGAAUAUCCAACGUGCAUUUGAUGAUUUAACCGAUGCAAAACGGAUUGUGCGGGAAAUUAAACUCAUGCGACAUUUGAAUCAUAAAUGUGUCCUAGGUGUGGAAGAUAUUUUUGAACCCGUGGCAUUGUCAAAAUUUGAAGACGUGUAUAUUGUAUCACAGUUAAUGGCAACGGAUUUACAUCGCGUUAUUUACUCACGACAUGCACUUUCCGAUGAACAUAUUGCGUUCUUUAUGUAUCAAAUGUUGUGUGCCAUGAAAUACGUCCACUCGGCGAAUGUGAUUCAUCGUGACUUGAAACCAUCAAAUGUACUUGUUAAUGCUAAUUGUGAACUCAAGAUUUGCGAUUUUGGACUUGCACGAGGUGUGUUUCCAGAAGAAGAGCUGGAGUUGACGGAAUAUGUUGUCACGCGAUGGUACCGUGCACCGGAGAUUAUGCUGGGAUGUAUGAAGUAUAAAUGUGAAGUGGACGUUUGGUCAAUGGGUUGUAUUUUUGCCGAGAUGAUGUCACGUAAGCCACUAUUUCCAGGACAGGACUACAUUGAUCAGCUGCAUUUGAUCAUGAAUGCUUUAGGUGCACCAAAUGAACAGGAAUUGUGUUUUCUUACCAAUGCACGUGCGCGCAAGUUCAUGAACGCUGAGUUUCAAAAGCGUGGACCGAAACCCACCAAGUCGCUUGCGCAAAUGUUUUCAGAAUCGCCGCCAGACGCGCUGGAUUUAUUGCAAAAGAUGUUGGUAAUCGACCCGAAAAAACGAAUUAGCGUAGAUGAUGCACUUGCGCACCCGUACUUGGCUUCGAUUCGCAAUGUGGAGGAGGAGACGACGGCCACAUCAAGCUUUGACUUUGAUUUUGAGAACGAAAAGCUGACGAAGCCAGUGCUGCAGAAGCUAAUCUGGGACGAAAUGAGACAUUUUCAUCCCGAGGUUGGCGAUGGCAUCAGUGCAAGUGCUACUGGUGACGAAGCAGACAACGACAGCCUUGCCACGACGCAAGCGUCUGUCACACCUGUGACCCCUGCUCCGGCUGAGCAGAGCAAAGCGGGGACUUGCAAAGCUACAGCUAGCACCACAACCACUGACGGUAAAGUGUCAGUGCUUGCCGCAGAGGAAGUGAAGGUGAACGAUGAUGGUGAUGCUGCACGCUGUGUUGAAGAGAAACAGAGUAUUAAUAGUGACCAGAAGGUUGUAAGGACAAGCAUUGACAGCAACGAACUCACAGACGCUCAGACGCGGCAAGAGGCUGGAGAGCCGGCACGAGAAGUUGCAUAA